CAAUGGAGGCAGGUGCUUGCCACAACAGUACAACCUGACAACAUGGUGAAUGUUGCGGUGCAAAGGGCGAAAGGCAUUUUGUGUGCUAUUUUCAUGUUUUUGAGCAGUUCUUUGGGUGCUGUCCUCAUGAUGGGCCCUGUUCUGCCGUUCAUGUUAUUAAAACCUGACGUAUGUCGCCGGAAGAUGGAUGAAUUGAUCGGUUUGUGGGAGACAUUGCCUGUGGCUGUGCUGGAAAUAGUAAUGGGGAUGAAGAUCAGGAUUUAUGGAGACCGGUUUAUCCCUGGAGAAAGAUGUAUAAUAGUUAUGAACCACAGAACAAGACUGGACUGGAUGUUCUUUUGGUCUUGCCUAUUUCGUUAUGAAGGUGGAACACGGCAUGAAAAAAUAUCUUUGAAAAAGGCAUUGAAACAUGUUCCAGGAACAGGUUGGGCAAUGCAAAAUGCAGCAUACAUAUUUCUGGAAAGGAAAUGGGAAACAGACAAAAUAUUACUUCAAAAAAUGAUAGGUUAUUUUGCAGAUUUAAAGCACAAAACACAGUUACUGAUUUUUCCUGAAGGAACAGAUCUAACUGCAAAUACCAAAAACAAAAGUGAUAUUUUUGCCCAGAAAAACAACAAGAAGAGUUAUGACUAUGUUUUACAUCCUAAAACAACGGGGUUUUCUUUUAUAGCACAGGAAAUGAGAAAAAACAACGCAUUGGAUGCUAUAUAUGAUGUGACUGUGGGCUAUCCUGACUCGAUACCACAAACAGAACAAGCACUUCUUCAUGGUAACCUUCCUAAAGAAGUCCAUUUUUAUUGCAAAAGGCACCCAGUAGUAACAAUACCAAUCACUGAAGAGGGUUUAGGUACAUGGCUACAGAAUCAAUGGGAAAAGAAAGAAGAAUGCCUUAAAAAUUUUUAUGAAGAGAAACAGUUUACAGGUGUUGAAGAGCUAAAAUUCCAUGACAAUGAAAUUAGAUAUUCAUUAUAUUUUUAUCUAACUUUCUGGGUGACAGCAACAAUGACAUUUGUUUUUCUAAUUUUGUUUUCUCACAUAGCCAGAAUUUAUGCCCUUGCAGUUGGUAUAUUUUAUUUCUCAGUGGAUAAGCUCUUUGGAGGAACUGGUAUGUUACAAAUAGAGAUUCACAGGUGGUUACAAAAGGCAUUGUGGAAAACGACUAAAAAAGAAAGCUGAAAUAUGUGUACGAUUUGUAUUACCCUUAUCUUAGAGAGUAUGAAUAAUGUAUUUUCCUUGUUGAAAAAGGAUUUGUAACUAGGCAGCAGUUUUAUUUAUUUUCAUGGUGAACAUGUGAAUUAAUAAAAAUUUAAUAAGA